GUCCCCCAAAUCCUAAACCAAAAGCAUCUAUCUCAGCUCAAUGGCAAGAGUAGGAGAGAAUCAACUUCCACAAGCCCAUCACUUACUGCUCUUCCCAUGCCCAUUCCAAGGCCACCUCAAUCCCAUGCUUCAACUGGCCACACUCCUACACUCCAAAGGAUUCUCAAUCACCAUAGUUCACACACAAUUCAACUCUCCCAAUCCAUCCAAUUUCUCCAACUUUCAUUUUGAGAUCAUACCUGACGGCUUAUCAGAUGGUCUGCAUCCCAUGGAUAUACUUUCCAUCAUCAACGUAAACUGCGCUGCCCCGUUUCGAGCCGUCCUGGCUCGUAUGCUAUCAGACAACCGGCGUGGCCCAAUCACAUGUGUCAUCACCGAUGAUGUGCUGUCCUUCACUCAGUCCAUUACAGAUUCUUUGAAGGUUCCACGGAUCGUCUUAGUGACUUGCAAUGCUACGAGCUAUGUUACCAUUUCAAGCAUUCCAAUGCUCCAUCAGAAGGGAUACUAUCCAAUCGAAGAUCCAAAUUCAGAAGUCCCAGUGCCUGAAAUCCCACCCCUCAGAGUCAAGGACUUGCCUGUCCCACCUCCGUCCACCGUGGGCACAUUUCUUCAAUUGAUUGUCCGACAGAUCAGUGCCACGAGGGCCUCAUCAGGGCUCAUUUUCAACGCUCUAGACUGCCUUGAACAGACCACACUGUCCAAAAUCCAGCAGGAGUUUCGGAUCCCGGUCUUCCCGAUCGGCCCACUCUACAAGUUUGCAGCAGGGCAUUCUGGUUCCAGCAGCUUGUUAAGUCCAGAUCAUAGUUGCAUGGCAUGGCUGGCCAAACAAGCCCCGAAAUCUGUUAUCUAUGUGAGCUUCGGGAGUAUAGCUGCAAUAGACGGACCGGAUCUCCUCGAGAUGGCCUGGGGCCUGGCCAAUAGUGGGCAGCCUUUCUUGUGGGUGGUCAGGCCUGGAUUCGUUAACGGCUCGGAAUGUGCCGCUGAGCUGCCAGAAGGGUUUGAAGAGGAGACGCGUGAUAGGGGCCUGGUUGUCAAGUGGGCCCCACAACAAGAGGUGUUGUCUCACCCAUCAGUUGGAGGGUUUUGGACACACGGUGGUUGGAAUUCUACGUUGGAGAGCGUAUGUGAGGGGGUACCCAUGCUUUGUUGGCCAUGUUUCAUGGAUCAAGCGGGCAAUGCUAGGUUAGUGAGUCAUGUUUGGAGGGUGGGAAUGACACUAGAGAAUGGACUGGAGAGAUGUGAGAUAGACUGGGCCAUAAGAAGAUUAAUGGUUGGAAAUGAAGGGAAGGAGAUGAGAGAGAGGAUCAAGGAUCUUAAGGAGAACGUGGACCGUUCUAUAAGGAAAGGAGGCUCUUCCCACCAGUCAUUGGAUGCUUUGAUUGAUCUGAUCUCGUCCUUCUAAAUUCUGAUGUAUCAUUAUCUUAAUGGAUAAUAGGGUCUCAAGUUGAGGUGUAGGCUUGUAUACAUGUGAGAUCGUAGACCGGUGAUCUAGGCCGUUGAAAUGAUGGGCCAAAUCAUCAAUCCCGGAUGUCCCCACAAAUAUCCUAGAUUGGUUAGUUAUAGCCGAACAAUCAUCAGCCUGGAAUUGUAUGGUUAAAAAGAAAAUACAACAACUGCUAUUAUGAGUAUCAGAGGUAUGUUCUUUCUCUGCAGCCAUCUGCACGCUACCUUAUCAUGCAGGCAUAUCUUUUCUCUAAUUUAUACAGGUAAU